ACGUGCAGUUUUACUCCAUUAAAAAUCCUCCGGCUUUGUUUAUGUUAUUACAAUGAGCUCAGAACACACAGAGAAUUGCAGAGGUUCCAUGAAAUCCUUCUUCAAAGCAUAGAGGGGAAUGAGAAGAUUCCCUCUACUGCAGACUGUUUACUUUUCUGAAGAGAAGAUACAGCCACCCUCCUGUCAUAGCACAGAUGUUUGAGUACCAGGUAUGACUUUGCUGCUGAGUAAUUUGGACAACAGAAGGAUGAAUUCAUGCUGCAGACACUCUCAGUGGAAUGCAGGGAGGUUUAAAUGCAGUGUUCAGGUCUGCCACGGUCACACCUCACUUCCAACACAGCUUGUUGCUGCCAGCUCUUUAGCUGUCCUCUGCUCUGAAAAUGGCAAAUGUGUCAGGGCAGGGACACUCAGCAGCUAGACUGAGUCUGUUACAGUCCCUUAGGACCAGCUUAAAAAUCAAAACCCCAACCCAGCUACAUGAGGAGUUUGUGGUGGUGCGGUUAGCACCCCUGGGCAAUGAAAUGGGCAAACUGGAAGUUAAAGUAACAGGAAAAAGUCCUUUUCAGGUACUGUCCUUCCUCUUGAAUAGUAGUCAUGUGGUCCAAAGAGCAGCUAGGCCUGGUACAGGGCUCUUCUGUGUGGCUCUGGGCACCAAAGCAUGGUGCUGAGAUUACAAUUGAAGAUUAGAUGUUUUAUCCAAUCUCCCUCUCCAAUGAUGGACUGUGGGGACUCCUUCACAGGAUUUGUCACAUCUUGGGACAAUAUUCCUCAUGUGGUGCAGGAAUCUGGACUUGGGUGAUGCCUUUCCUGAGGACACAUACUGAGUCAUACAGGGUUUGUGAUUUAAAAAGGGAAGAUUAAAGGCAUGGAAAGAAUUUUUGACAAAAGUCUCAUGGCAGACUUCAGACAAGAGUUUCAAGCUUCUCAUUUCCAGACUAGAGUCCUACCUAGGUCAUUAAGCUCUUAUAAGCUCACGUUAUUUCUCUGCACUUCUCUCUGUUAUUUGAAAAUGCAAAACAUCACUGCUGUCAUGUCUUGUAAGCAGAAAGAACAGCUGCGGUGACAAGGCAGGGUGUUAUUCCCCAUCCUGUGGGUGUUUCCAUCCGUUUAUUUUCUCUGGGAUACCUGGAUCUGUGCGAUGAAUAAUCCUCUGAGAGAGCCUUCUCCAAUUCCUGGUUCCGAGCCCCGUCACUGUACAGGCCCCCGCCGCAGGGACAGCCUGUCCUGCGCCGUCCCUGGCACUGCGGGCAUUCCGCGAGCGGAACUCCCGGCACCAGGGCCGGAGUUCUGGGCUAGCUGGGUCCCAUCGGCCCCCCGGACACAGCUGGCGCCCACCCGUGGGGCGGCAGGAGCCCAAACGGAAGGACUGAGCCUUGGAAAACCGAGAGGCCGCGGCGCCGGGACAGCGCCGGGACAGCGCCAGCCGGCCACGUGCGCGAGGGCCGCUGCGCGCGCCGCCCCGCCCCGCCGCGAGAGAGACCGCGUGCCGAGCCCGCGCCAGCGCCGCACGUGCUGCCCGCGCCCGCCCGACUGCCGCGUGCUGCCCGCGCCGCCCGAGGCACACCGGCCGCCUGCCGCCGCUGGCCGCCGCAGCCCGCGGCAGCGAGGAUCGUACGGUUUGUGGAACGCCAGCAGCCCCUGCCCAGCCAGCCCGCUUUUUGGAAGCGGCGGGCCGACAGGGAAAGGAGAGGCGGCCCUUCAGCACCCAUAUCCCUUCAGCAUCGCUCCAGGCUUCGGAGACCUCCUUGCAGCCCUUUUUCUGUCCCCCCAGGCCCGUCAGUUCGGUGAGUGCCCAGCUGCGCGGCGGGCGGGGUGCGGGUGCUCUCCCCGGGGCAGGGGGCGCGCCGGGCGCACGGGGCGGACGAGCCAUGCGGAUGACGAGCCAUGCGGAUGACGAGCCAUGCGGAUGACGAGCCAUGCGGAUGAUGAGCCAUGCGGAUGAGCCAUGCGGUGCCAGGGGGCCGCGGGGUCGGCUGUGUGCCCCGGACGGGAUCCCUGGGUACUCUUUUCCUUUGUUUUUGUCCUUUUACUGCAGGGAGGGGAGGAUUGGGUGUUGUGAAAGGCAGAUGUGGGUGCUCUCCUGACUUCACAACACCGAGAAGCGUACUUCCAAAUGGGAGAAAUCCUAGUGGGAGGAAAAAUGGGGGUUUCACAGGUUUUGUUAAAGAGACUUGUCCAAUGGUUGUUUCUCCAUUUCCCACAGAUGGAUUUGAAAGAUAUUAGAACUGGGGGGGUUUGGGACGUAGUAGGGAUUGAAUUGACGGAGCUGACCACAACUAAGGGAGAUUCUUCUUAGAUACAUUCUGUUCUUUAUUUGGGUAAAUUAAGUUGGUGGUCAGAAAACAAGAAAGAGAGAAAGGGAAACUGGAGAAACAGCCAUUGCGGCCAUCCACAGCUACACCCAAAUCCCCUGAUCCAGAGUUGUUAGCAGAUUCUUCUGCUGAAUUUUAAAUGUUACUUUCUUACUUAUACACAUAUGUUUCAUUUUCUUUUAAGGACCUCCUCCCGACCUCCAAGAUGAUGCCAGAACUCCUGUGUUUUCUGUUGCUUCUGACUCAGUCAGUAGUACAGGGACAUGAGUGUGAGGACUCUCGAGGAAUGCACUGCCUCAGUCUAUCCGGCAAAAUCCAGGGCAUCCACAAGUCCAUCCAGGAAAUGAAAGGCAUGAUGGAGGAGAUCAAGCGAGGAGCAGGAGACUGGCUGGAGAACGUCUUUAAAGACCGGGGGUUGCCAGGGGGAAUGUCAUCAUUUGUAAAGGAUGUCUUACUGGCUGUUUUGGUUGUCAUUUUAAUUUACAUAGCCUUUAGGAAUGUAAAAAGAGUCCUAACUAAGUGUACUAAAAAGAAACCAGCCCCUUCCAAUGUUGCUGGGACUGCUGUCACAGAGAGAUGGUGGAAGAGGACACAAACAGCAGUUUAAGGAGUUAGUCUUCGCCCUCCUUUCAUUCAAAAUUUAACAGGAAAGAGUGAGCUGUGGUGGUGGGUUCUUGAUAAGUUAUAGUUUGUUCCUGUUACCACAGUCCCGGUGUCUGGUUUGCCCCAGUUAUUCCCCUCUCCUGUCCCUUUGUCCCCCUCUCCUGACCCUGCCCUGUGUUACCCUGGGGCCAAUCACCUACCCGCCCCACCCCUCUUACCCCUGUUUAAAAGUUAAGCGCGGGACCCCUCACUCUCUCCUGUACCAUCUUUGAAGAAUAAACACCUGAGAGAGCCUUCUCCAA